AUGGCAUCUCAAAUCCCUUCCGCAGCACCAGAAUCCCCAGCUGAGACAUCGACUGUCCGUCCAAAUGAGCAAGAGCAAACUGAGCACGUGACGGACGCUGCCGACUCGCGUACCAGCAGUCACGUGGUGACGGAUGCUGAAGCCACCAACGAGAGUGGCGAGAGGACUGAGACUGAGGCCGCGACCAGCGGCGUGUUGGUUGCUGGUGCUGCUGGUGGCGGGGCUGCUGGUGCCUCCGGCGCCUCCAGUGGUGCCCCUUGUGGUUCCUCUGCUGGUGGUUCUGGUGGCUCCUCUGGUGGUGCUGGUGGUGGUCGGCCUCUGGUCCCAGAGGAGGAGGAAGAAGAGGAGGAGGAAGAAGAGGAGGAGGAGGAGGAAGAGUUCCCAGAACGCUUCAACCUCGAUGAGGUUGAGGCUCCGGUGGCGGAGCGACUCCGCGCCGGGCUCGCUCACUUGACCGAGGUUCUGCGGGAGGUCGACGCCCUGGACGUCGCGAUCCCCCUGGUCCCCGGCGGGCGGGGCCACCCAGCGGCCAUGCGCGCCCGCGCGGAGGUCCUCGCAGCCAGCGAGGGCAUCCACGAGGCCGUUGGUUUGCUGUGGGGGUCCGUGGUCGAGGCCAGGGAGGUCGCCAACGAUAUCCAAGAGGGCAUCGUGGCGAUCCGAGACGAGUCCUUGCGCCUGGGGAUCGAGCUCAUCGAUUUCCAGAUCCAAGCUGGAGAGUGGAGAGAGCGGGCUCUCGCCAGCGAGGCACGCCUUCGGGAUGCUGAGCAGGAGAUCGCCUCUCUUCGCGCCCGGCUUGGUGAGGAGAGAGAGGAGUGA